AUGAAGGACACCAUCCAGGGAGUGGAGAGGUUCGACAGCCCGGGAAAAGGGCGAGGACUCCGGGUCACCAAACCCUUUAAGGUCGGAGAGCUUAUCUUCUCCUGCCCGGCGUACUCCUUCGUGCUGUCGGCCAAGGAGAGGGGCAGCUACUGCGAGUACUGCUUCAACAGAAAAGAGGGCUUGGCCAGGUGUGGGAAGUGCAAGAAAGCCUGCUACUGCAACGCCACGUGCCAGAGAGCAGACUGGUCCAUGCACAAGUUGGAGUGCUCGUCGAUGGUGGCGUACGGGCCCAACUGGUGCCCGUCGGAGACGGUCCGUCUGGUGGCUAGGAUCCUGGCGUCCAUGAAAACACAAAAAGAGAGAAACGCGUCUGAGAAGCUGAUGCUCAUUGGAGAGAUGCAAACACACGUGGAGGACGUGGACAAUGCCAGGAGAGAGGUGAACGAGUCGGAGAUCGCUGGGCUCCACCGCUUCUACUCCAAACAUCUGGACUUCCCCGAUCACAGCGCUCUGCUGGCUCUGUUCUCACAGGUUGCUUGUAACGGGUUCACGGUGGAAGACGAGGAGCUCUCCCAUAUGGGCACAGCAGUUUAUCCAGAUGUGGCGCUCAUCAACCACAGCUGCCAGCCCAGCGUCAUCGUCACGUUCAAGGGGACGACGGCCGAGGUGCGGGCCGUCACGCCCAUGAAGAAGAUGGACGAGGUGAUGAUCAGCUACAUAGACAUCCUGUACCCGACAGACGACCGCAACAGCAGGCUGAGGGAUUCUUACUACUUCACCUGUGACUGUCAGGAGUGCAAAACCCAGUCCAAAGACAAGGCCAAGCUGAAGGUGCGAAAGCGCAGCGAUCCCUACGAGCCGGAGGUGGUCAGCGGUAUGGUGCGCUAUGCCCGCAAGAAGAUGGGCGAGUUCAGGGCCAUCAAGAGCGAGAAGACCCCUAGCGAGCUGCUGGAGAUGUGCGUGCAGAGCCUAGACGAGAUGGGCACGGUGUUCGACGACGCCAACGUCUACAUGCUCCACAUGAUGUACCAGGCCAUGGGCGUGUGUCUGUAUCUGGGCGACUGGGACGGAGCCAUCCACUACGGGGAGAAGAUCCUGAAGCCCUACAGUGUGCUGUACCCGGCCUACUCCCUCAACGUGUCCUCCAUGUACCUGAAGCUGGGCCGGCUUUACAUGGGCCUGGAGAAACGCUCCCGCGGCCUCAAUGCCCUCAAGAAGGCGAUGGCGAUCAUGGAGGUUGCCCACGGCAAGGAUCACCAGUACAUGGCAGAGUUGCGUAAAGAGAUAAAAUAACAAGAAGUAGGAGAAAAGUCACGCUAUGGACUGAAAAAAGCAAAUGGACGCUUCCCAGAACUAAAGGCCUAUUCUCUUCUUCUGCAAUGUUGUUGUAAAAAGUUAAAACCUUACAUUUUCUACGGACAAUAUAAAAAUGCACAGUACCCAAUAACUUUGUACGUAUUCAGAAUUUAGGUAUAUAUAUUUUCCGUAGGUGGAAGAAACGUUUUUUCUAGAUAUUUGUUUUUCUUGGCAUGUGAUUGGUCAGUGAGUUUGUACUCAUGGCUUCAAUCUCAAACUGUUUACACGUGUGGGCGGGAAACGGUGCAGCGCAAUCCCUCUCGACCAAUGAGGCGUAGCGGCUUUGUAACCAGGUGGCCUAUCACGCACCAGGGACUGUGACCCUGGCACGGUGAGACUCUGCAUUAACACCUUUUUGCAACUACCAUGCGUCUGUUCGUGUUCAGAUCUGUACUAAUCCUCACGCCUCACCGGCAGGUGCCAACACAGGCUCACAUUUGUAACAUAAGACGUUAUUCUGAAGUCACAUACUUAGAGAAAAUAAGGCUUUAUUGUAUUAUGGGCAAGUUUGAAAGCUUGUACAUGAUUGGAAGGGGGGGGAAAGGGAGAAAAGACAUAUACAAUAUGCAAUAAUGCAAUAAAAAAAAGCAUAUACAAAACAUAUUUACACAAUACCAUUUUUGAAAGCCGUCCAGAUAUUUUGCCAAAAUAUUGUGUGAAAAUAAACAAAACAAGUGGAAUGCAGUGGGUGAGAAAUAUUGUCGCAAAGAGUUCAGCCGUGAAGCUUGAAGCCGGUACUGAUCUGAUGAAGGAUACUUUAUAUACAGGGAAUAUAAAAAAAAGCAUGCAUAGUAUAUUAUUAUCUUACGGUAGCUUAGGGGUACCAAGUCGAAAAAUAAUAACAAAAGUAAUAAAAAGACAUUCGUAGAAAUCUUUUUUUUUCACGUCCAUUAUGUACAGAGAUACUUUGGACAUGGCUGGCUUUGCAUUACGUUUGAAAAGAAUACAACCGGUUAAUAGAGCCAGUCGUACAUAAUGAACUGCUACUGAGUGUGGCUAUUUUGUAUACAGAUUUCGGCACGUGGUUACGCUAUACUUUGUGGCUUUGAACCAAUCAGUCGCUCUAGGAAAUGGCCCCCUUUUUCUGACACAACGCUGGUGUUGGUAGCAAAAAUACAAAUGGCCGCCUUGAUGACCUAAAUGAAUACAAUUCCCUGGCUUUCUACCAUAGACUUCAUCAGAAAGGAGGCAAUGGUUAGAAGCCAGGUCAAGUAACUGAAAAACCAUAGAGUCCAUGGUGAAAUGUUAUGAUUUUGUCUACAGAACUGAACGCAUAGUGUGUCAAACACUGGGGGUUUUAGUACUAACAUUGGUCGUUUUUACAACUAAGCUACAAGGAAUACCAGUAAGUGACUCCCUCUCUUUUGUUUUAGAAAUGUCAAUAAGGCACAAACAGUGUUAAACAGACAAAGAAACCGUCCCCUCCAUUUUGGAGCCGUUUCUUUGUCAUCGGAGCAACGUUGUCUCCAUGGCGAUCUGGCUCUCCAUAGACCAAACUACAACAACAUCUACCAUUGUUACUUAAUGUUGUUGACUUUGCUAAUGUUGAACUCGAUGAACAAAGAGGUUUAAGAUAAGUUCAUAAGUUCUUUUCUUUUAAGUUAGAUAAAUAACAUGGAUGUGUGGUAUGUUGUUACGUUUGUGUGUGUGUAUGUGUGAGGGAAUUGUAUUGUACACAUUUAGCUAACAAAUUCUUAAUGAGAAUACAGUAAGUCUGAUGUAAAUUAAGAGUUAUUAAUAUUAAAAAGACACACUAUUCAAAUUAAAACGGUGCGCAAGCAAGACUAAAAAGUUAUAGCAUCGGUUAAGGUGAAAUUAUGAAAUUAUUCUUGAAAUGAUGCUUCGAAAGAUAAUAAAUAACGGUAGAAUUGAAACGUCAUGAAAUGUUGAGACUUGAACCAAUAACCUGUUAAAUAUUGAUACCUAAUUGAUUCCAUAAUUUGUUUAACCAUCUGUGUGUAGUUACAGCUCAUCGUGGAUUAUGUAACUUGACACAUGAUUUGUUAUAUCUGAAACGGGGGACUUUGUUCCUAAAAAUCAUAUUGUACUAAAUAAAUUAUGUCAUCAAUUGUA